AUGACAAGCAUACGUGGGCUUGUCCGCACAACGCGCCCUGCGCGGCCGUCCCGCAUAGUAGCGCGGCCACAGGCGGCGCCGUGUCUGUUCCGAUGCGCCUCGAACCAGGCGGCAUUGCCAGCCGAGCCGGCCUUUGCCGAUCUCGAGAAGGAUUCGUCCUUUCUGACGCCACAGCUGCCGGCGGACGUCAAGAUCCCGAGCCCGCGGGAUCGUGCGCUGCAGCGAAAGUCCCGGCUGCCGGGCGGACGAUACCAGUUCCACCCGCCCAAGUACGACCGUGGCCCGCUGCAUCCGGUGCAAGCGCCGCCGUCGUCCGACCCGGUGGCGCGCGACUUCCAGCCGGGGCCGUUCAACUUGCCGCGGCUGAAGGAGACGUUCCACUCGACGGUGGCGGCCGAUCUGAUGACGCUGGCCUACACGCACACACCGCCGGGCACGGGCAAGGAGCCGACGCCGGACCGGCUGCGCGCUUGGGAUGGAUCGUCGCCGUACCACAAGAACCGGUCCCGGCGAGCCCCCCGCGGCGAGCCGGUGCUGCGGCCGCUCGAGCGGCCGAUCUCGUUCAACAACAUCCCCACGGUGCGAUCGGUCACGCUCGCGGCCUUUGUCCCGCUGGCCGUCAAGGAGAAGGACCGGCUUGUGGUGGCCCGCUCGGUCAUCCAGUCCAUCACCGGCGUCGUGCCCGAGGUCACCACGGUCAAGCACAACGUCGCUCAAUGGGGCAUCAUCAAGGGCCAGCAGGCCGGCCUCAAGGUCACCGUGCACGGCAAUGCUGCCUACGAGUUCCUCGACAAGUGCAUCCACCUCGUCUUCCCCCGCAUCAAGGACUGGAAGGGCAUCAAGGGUAGCACCGGCGACAGCGUCGGCAACCUGGCCUGGGGCUUCCGCCCCGAAGACGUCGCGCUCUUCCCCGAGAUCGAGGUCAACUACUCGAUGUACCCCGGGAAAAUGCUGCCUGGCUUCCGCGUCUUCGUCGAGACGUCGGCCAAGUCUGACAGACAUGCCCGGCUGCUGUUGCAGGCCUUUGGCAUCCCCUUCUACGGCGAGAUGCGGGAUUAA